AAAUGGUAAAACAAAAAUUGUCGAAAAUGUUGAUGACUCAAGCGAUGAUGAUCAUAUUCUUGGUGAUUUUUUGAAGCUCAGAAAAGGUGAAUCAUCUAAGCAACGUACCAACUUCUCCCGAUUGAAGAAUCAAUUGGAUGUGUUUGUUGCAAAUCAAAAAAAAACAGUCUGCUGCUAUUUUAUCCAUUGAUAAUAAGUUGAGUGACAUUAUCGAUGUUGUGCUUGUGAUCGGGAAACAUUUAGGCAUUGAGAAACAAUUCAAGGCAAGUUUGCUUAUUGCUUUUUUAUUUAAGUUUGCUUUUUUUGUAGCUAAUUUUGUUAUUUUAUUGCAGUUUAAUUCGACUGCUGAUGACGACGUAAAUCUUGAAAAGAACUUUAAGAAUUUUGGUGAUGAAGAUAAAGAUUCUUUUGAUUUUGUAAGUAUAAUUGUGUUAUUUUAUAUUUUUAUAAUUUUUAGGAAUUGCAGAGUAAAUUAUUUUUCUUAAAAAUAUUUUUUUAGGAUGAUGUGCUUGUCGUUAACUGAACUGGGAAGGUUGUUGGAAAGAAAGUUGAUGACGUUGUAAUGACUGAUCUUCAGGAUAAAAACAAUGCUCAUAUGGAUGCUGAUGUAGCUAAAGAUGGUGAUUCUGUUUCUGUUUUGAACUUUGUUGAGGUUCAAAGUAAUGCGGGUGAUAAGACAUUCAAUAAGGAUGAUAAUGCAGCUGAAAAGCCGUUCGAUAAGGAUGUUUCCGGACCUGCUUUGACUGAUAGCGCAGCUGAAAAACUGUUCGACAAGGACGAUUCUGGUCCCGCUUUGACUGAUAUUGAGAGCGAUGGCAUUGUGAAGGACUUGUCGAUGGGUGCUAAUUUGGACUCUGAGGAGAAUGAACAAGAGAAAGAAGAAGAAGAUGCCAGUGAUAAAAAUGAGAAAGAUGACCAUGAUGAUAAGGAUGACAAGGAUGAUGGUGAUGCUGGUGGUAAUGCUGGUUGUAAUACUGGUGGUAAGGCUGAUGAUGGUGGUGCUAUUGAAAGAGGAAGAUGAUGGUGGUGGUAACGCUGGCAGUGAUCUUCUUCCUAAAGCAUCAGAGGAUGUUUCUAAAAAGGUAAAUGAAGAUACUUCCACCUAUGUUGGGAUUGAUGAGAUUACACCUCAGGCUAUAAAGAGGACUACAAAGCCA